GUCAAUCUUGGUGAUUGUGCGUAUCAAAACAUGAAAGUAGGAGUGUUAAAUAAUUAGAGGAAACCUUUCUCCGUUUAGAAUGUUUUGUUCGACGUAAAUAUGUGUUUAAACAGCGUAAUUGCUUAAAAAUUCAACUUUUCUUUAAUGUAAAAAUACUUGCAGCUUGGAACAUGGAAAGCACUUCAAAGUUAAACACAACACCCAAUAAAACAACUACUACAGCUGGAGUGCACAAUGACAAUGAAGAUCCUUACCCAAGCCUGUCCGACUGUCAUGAUUACGAACCCAAUUUGGAGUUUGAUGACACGGAACUACAACACACGGCAGGAGCUCCAGAACUGUUACAAGAUGACAUACUGUCGCUGGGUGGAGGUCUGGACUAUCUGGAGUCACCCGUGUCGGACGGAACCAUCGAGGACAACUUUGAGGCAGAGUUGUUGAAUGCUCCGACGAGGGCAUUCGAUAGUCUGUCUUAUCCUUAUGUCGAUGAGGAGGAGGAAGAAGAAGACUUCAGCGAUGUGUCGAUGUACGGCAUCGUGGAGGUUAUGGGGGAUGAUACUGCGGGACGGAGAGUCAUUGUGGUGUCGGCCUGUCGUCUGCCCAGCAACAAGGAGCUGGACCAUCAGAGAUUACUUAGGUACUUGAUGUACACACUGGACAAGUUUGUGGAGCAGGACUACAGUCUAGUGUACUUCCACCACGGACUGACCAGCAAGAACAAACCUACCAUAUCCUGGAUGUGGCAAGCUUAUUGCGCCUUCGACCGCAAGUACAAGAAGAAUCUGAAAGCCUUGUACCUCGUACACCCGACCAAUUUCAUCCGUAUUAUUUGGAGAAUAUUUAGAGCUGUUAUAAGUGUCAAGUUUGGACGCAAGAUGAUGUAUGUUAAUUGCCUUAAUGAGCUAAGUCAGUACCUAAAUUUGGACCAAAUCAGUAUACCUCAGCCUGUGCUAGAGCAUGAUGAGAGGCUGAUGGCCAAGAACAGCAGACUGAGCAGCGUAUCUCCCACUCCAGCAACAACACAGUCUCCUCCACCACUACCAACACAACAGUUCGGAGUCUCUCUACAGUUUAUCAAGGAGAAUCAUGACAGAGAAGUCAUACCUCCCCUGGUCAGACAGUGUGUGGAGUAUCUCAGCACUCCUGAUGCCUUGGAGACGGAAGGUUUGUUCCGAAGGUCGGCCAAUGUCAGCAAAGUGAAGGAGUUGCAGGCCAAGGUCAAUCAAGGUCAGCCGAUAGAGUUCAACGGUGAUGUCCACAUUGCAGCUGUUCUUCUGAAGACUUUCCUGCGAGAGCUGGAGGAACCUAUCAUGACCUUUGAUCUGUAUGAUGAAAUCACUCAGUUUCAAAGUGUGCCAAAUGAUGAGAGACCAAGACAUGUUAAAAUUCUAAUCCUAGAAAAAUUACCAGAAGACAACUACCAAGUGUUGAAGUACAUAGUGCGGUUUCUGUCAAAGGUGAUGGACAGGUGUGACCUAAACAAAAUGACGUCUUCCAACCUGGCUGUGGUCUUUGGACCCAACUUAGUGUGGUCUCAGUCCGGACAGCUGUCACUGUCUGCGAUAGCUCCAAUCAACGUGUUUACUGACUUUGUACUGAGGCAUCACGAUCAGAUAUUUAUCAUCUAAACAACAACCAUUUCAGCUCAACUGUAGCUAAAUUAGGAACACAAAAUAUUAACUAUAAACCCCCAUUGUGAAGGAAAUGUCAGAAGUGGAUGUCAAUUUAUGUUUUGUACAUUUCAAAGAUCUUUUAGAAAGGAUUAGAAUGUUUCAAAUUUGUAAAAAUAGUUUAAGUGGUUUUAGAAAAUUGUAGUUGGUUAAAACCGAUGGUAUAAGAUUUGGUGCUAAAUAUUAUUGUAAUGAUUUUAAAAAAAAAAACCGCUUUCAUUCAACUCGAGAUAUAGUAACAGGAUUUUCAGUCUUAACGAUUUGGCUCACUUAUUCAUAGAGAACCACGAAAACAGAAAUUGGAAACUAAUUGUUACAAAACCUAUUUAGAUUACAAAGUAAUCAGUUUAGCCUGUGAUACUGUUUACAAAACAUUUUCUCUUGUGUAAUAGUGAAGGAUAAAAAUAUUGUCUUCAUGUAAAUUCUUCCAUUCAACUCGUAGAGGCUAGGAAUGUUCACUUAGGAUUGUUUCAGUGAUAGAAAUAGAUUAGAAAUGGAUAGACUAGGUCAUAAAGUACCUGGGAAAGGGAUGUGUAGGGGUGUAAAGGUUCUAGAAUGUAUUUUUAACUUGUGUCUAAUUUUGAAUUUCAAUAAUAUAGUUUUUUACUUUAUGGCAACUGUUGUACAUAUCAUAUAGUACAACAAUGCAACUACUCUACAACUAAUACAACUAGUAUAGUACAACUACUCACUUUGGUCGGAGUUACUUCACAUCAAAAUUAGGAUCAAACCUAGGGUGUUCAGCCCAGUGUAGGAUUGUUUACUGGCUGCGUGGCAAAGUGUCCAGUGUCAGUAGAGGUAUUUUUCGCUGAACUGAUCGACAAAGUUGUUGAUUAUAAUCGGUUUAGCAACAACUUCUUGAUUUUGACGUCUUAUAGCUUUAACUUCAUCAACAAUUUGAGUGGAAAACUGCAUCAACGACGCAUGGUGGUCCGUGAUUUCAGAGAUAAGCUUCUUUUGUUUGGUUUCAAACUUGGCGAGACUAUUAAAAUGGUAUAAAAUUACCUGUUUCCGUCUGUGAUCCUAUAUUUGUUGUAUAGAGCAACCGGUUUCAAGGUUAUAACCUCAUCUUCAGGCUCUUGUUGUCACUCUUGCGAGAUCGUCGAGUUUUAUAAACACACAAAAACACUAACAUUGAAAUAAAUAAACACGAGACAUUGACAGACGAAGACGAUUAACAUCAAUUCGGGAACUAGUUCCACACACGACGCGGCACGGGCAAACGUUUUGUCAUGAGGUGUUAUUAUUAUAGGUGUUAUGUCAUUAGGGUGUUCAGCCCAGUGUAGGAUUUUUUACUGGCUGCGUGGCAAAGUGUCCAGUGUCAGUAGAGGUAUUUUUCGCUGAGCUGCUCGACAAAGUUGUUGAUUAUAAUCGGUUUAGCAACAACUUCUUGAUUUUGACGUCUUAUAGCUUUAACUUCAUCAACAAUUUGAGUGGAAAUCUGCAUCAACGACGCAUGGUUCUCCGUGAUUUCAGAGAUAAGCUUCUUUUGUUUGGUUUCAAACUUGGCGAGAUUAUUAAAUUGGUAUAAAAUUACCUGUUUCCGUCUGUGAUCCUAUAUUUGUUGUAUAGAGCAACUGGUUUCAAGGUUAUAACCUCAUCUUCAGGCUCUUGUUGUCACUCUUGCGAGAUCGUUGAGUUUUAUAAACACACAAAAACACUAACAUUGAAAUAACUAAACACGAGACAUUGACAGACGAAGACGAUUAACAUAAAUUAGGAACUAGUUGUUGGAUCCUGGGAUCCAACUGGAUCCACUGUUGUUCCUGGAUCCACUUGGAUCCUGGGAACUAGUUAUACCUGUUAUUCCUCAAAUUGUUGAUGAAGUUAAAGCUAUAAGACGUCAAAAUCAAGAAAUUGUUGCUAAACCGAUUAUAAUCAACUUCUUUGUCGAUCAGUUCAGCGAAAAAUACCUCUACUGACACUUUGCUGACACCGGUUGUUCUCUAAAACAAAUAUAGGAUCACAGACGGAAACAGGUAAUUUUAUACCAUUUUAAUAUUCAAGAAGUGAUCCUGGACCA